AUGGAAACUUCACCUGUAAUAUCCAUAAUUUCUAAUGCCUAUGUUCUUGAUUUGUUCAUAUUCCUCAUAAUCAUCGGGUGUGGGUACAUUGUCAUCAUUUUUCUUAGUAGUUUAUUUCUUCCAUGGGUGAAGAAUCGUUACCGGCGUCUUAGAAAGAAUAUCAAGCUCUUGGAAGCUGUCAUAAAAGAUGUAGAAGAGGUUUUGGAAUCCGGGAGAAAAAUAGAUGAGAAACCCAAUCAACUUCGGGAUUCUCAACUGAAACCAGGAACCAUUGUACAACUAAGUGAUGCUGAUAGAGAUUGGGUGGAUGAAACCAAAGCCGUGGUUCACAAGGUACAGGGUUACGAGGAAUCCUACCGAACACUGACUGAAACAAGAGAAUCUCAGAAAUCGAUUUACUCUGUUGUCAGGAAUUUCAUGAGAACUUGUGCCAACCAGGCUGAGUUGGGUUCGUGCAACGCUGAAAUAACUGAUCAAAUUCGUAAGACACGACCCGGAAUUUGUAAAUCAUUAGAGCGGUCAAGGUUUAUUGUUCGAAGCUUGCAGGACAGACCAAUAGAGGAAGACAACUCUUCUCUUUAUCUUCCUGAGCCAAAACCAGGUGUCUCUAUUGCAAGGAAAUUAAAAUUUCUGAUGGCUAAGAAUCCAAACUUAGUGACUGACAAGCAAAAGGAAAUAGAGUACUCCAUCAAGUUGCCACAGCAGCUACUGCAUGCUUUCCUGCAAGAUUUAGCAGGGAUUCCAACGGAAAGUGAAACGGCAAAGGCUUGGGUGGAUGAAGCCGUCGAUAUCAUCAGCGACCUGCACAAUGCAAUCGAUAGCAUAAUGAAAACUGCAGAUCGAAUGAGAUGGUUUCCGUAUAUUGGUAAUUGGUGGGCGAGGCGUCAGUUCAAGAAGAGCUUUAGCAACAUCAAGAAACGGCUUUGGGACCUCUUUUAUAAAAAGGUUCUAUUUGACUUCACAUUCAUCAGAAGAGUUGCACCGAAAGCUGUCCAUCGCUCCCCAAAACAGAAGACUCAGGCCAUAACCGAUGACAAGGAAAUUUUAAAUCUUCUGGACAAGUUUCGCAAGCAGAUCAAUCAGGAACAACUCAUGAUAGCUUCUCAAUUAGAAGAGCUACCUGAUUAUUUUGAUGAUGUGAACCAACUUCUCAUAGAUGCAAAAGCAGUUCAAGAAGGCAUGUCCAAUUCAAUAAAAGAAUGGAAUAAUCAAAUGAAGAUCAUUGUGAAAGAUGCAAUGAGUUGUAUCUCUUUAUCAGCCUCACAAAGGAGAAACCGUAGUUUUCAAAAGGAGACAGAUCUCUGGCAAAACUUCUCUGCAGAAAAUGAUUUAUUCGUGGAAGCUCUCAGACUUCUUUCCAUAAGCAUAAGGGUAUGUCGCAUUGAAUUGAGGGAGGACACAAUCUCAGUGGUCGGCUUGGAAGAUGAUGUACAAGAAAUUGUCUCGCGGCUAACCACUGAAACUGAGCCUUUCUCCACACUUCCCAUUGUGGGGAUGGAAGGCAUAGGUAAGACAACUCUUGCAUAUUGGGUUGCUCUACCUGAUAUGGUGGACUAUAAUAAGGAUUUACUCCUAAAAAGAUUAGGAAAAAAUAUCCUGCCGAAUCAUAGAAAAGGGAAGGAAAAAGAGUACUCAUUCAAGGAGGUGAAUGAUUUCUUGAAGCCCAAAAGGUACCUUCUAGUUCUAGACAGAGUCUCUAACAAGGAAAUUUGGGAUACUCUAAAAGAAGCAUUCCAGGACUGUGAAAAUGGGAGUAGAAUUUUGCUCAUCACAAGAGACAAUAGUGUAGCUUCACAUGCUGACCGAAGCAGCACCCCAUACCGACUUCAACUACGAACCAAUGGUGAGAGCUGGGAUUUGUUUACCCAGAUGGUGCGCUUUCAGCCUGAACCUUCUCAGCCUGAUCAAAUCUUUUCAAAAUGGAAAAAACUCGCAAAUGAAGUUGUAAAAAGAUGUGGAGGCUUGCCACUUACCAUCUUAAGUUAUGGGUAUCUAUUGUCCGGGCAAAAAGUGACAAUUAAGGACUUGACAAGGGUGCUGGACCAUGUCAGUCCUUACCAAACACCAUGGUUGGAAAACUUUGAAAGACAUGAAAAAGACUUGUUUCUGGAUCCACGUCUACCUAAAUGUUAUUCUUACUUUGCACAGUUCCCCAGAGACUCUGAAAUUGCUUCAAGGAGAUUAGUCGCUUUGUGGGUUGCAGAAGGGUUGGUACAACAGAAGGAUGAUAAGCAAGAGCCUCUUGAAUCUGUUGCCAUUGCAAAGAAGUUUUUGCAAGAGUUGAUAAGGCGUAACUUGGUUCAAGUGGGGGAAAGAAAGCAGAAUGGAAAGGUCAAGACAUGUAUCUUCCCUGAUACUCUACGAGAACUCUGGUUGCGAGAGAAAAAAAUUUCGGACUUUGAUGUGUAUGUAAUUGAUUCAACGAAUUCUAGAAUGCAAGCCUACAAAAAUCCCAGGUCCAUCCUCUGUUUUGAUAUUCAAGAAGGAACUGGAGGAGAUGUAGAUACCACCCUUCGUAACGGCAUUGCAAGUGGGCAUUUCUUACAAUUAAAGGUACUUGAUCUUGAACAAGUAUGUAGACCUCAAUUGCCUGACACUAUAGGGAAAUUAAUUCAGUUAACGUAUCUAGGGUUAAGGUGGACUUACCUAGAGAACAUCCCAUCAUCAAUUGGCAACUUAGUGAACCUUGAAACUUUGGAUGUCAAUCAUACUUAUAUCCGCACUCUCCCCAGUACAAUAGGGAAAUUGCAGAAGCUUCAAAAUUUGUACAUGAGUGAGAUUUGUCGAGGCAAAAUUGGGCGUGGAAGAAAUGAGAAAUUUCCGCCAAAUCUCCAAAUACUGCGGGGUGCAUUUGUAGAUAAGGAGUCCUUCGGGUCAGGCGGGCAUAUGCUCACUCCUCAUAAGGACAGCCCUAUGAAGCAUUUCCUCAGCGGGUUGAAAAACCUUAGGAGAUUGGAAUUGGCGUUCCAGUUAGACUUGUCACAGCAAAAACAAUUGACAGAUAGUUUUGCUGUGGAACUGAAGGGCCUUCGAACAUUGAUGUUGAAAUCAAUUGAUGAAAUGGGUCGACCUCAAGAUCUACAUGUGAAUCACUUGUCAGGACUCGUCAAUCUCUCAAGUAUUUAUUUAUUUGGUAAAUUAAAGAAUCCAUCCAUCAUCAUAAACGUUACCGGACUCCCUCAAAGCUUGACUGAGCUUACCUUAUCAGCCUCUGGAAUUUCAGAUGAUCCAAUGCCAGAGUUAGAGAAGCUUUCCAAGCUUAAAUCCCUCUAUUUCUACUCAGGUUCUUAUACUGGGAAAACCAUGGUUUGCUCUAUGGGAGGCUUUACCCAGCUUGAAGUUCUGAAAUUCUGGAUGCUUCAUGAACUGGAAGAAUGGAUUGUGGAGGAACAAGCAAUGCGGAGACUCAAGAAGUUGGAGAUUCGGUCCUGCAAGAAUUUGAAGGUCUCCACUGGGUUGAAGCAUCUAAAGACUAUUCGUGAAUUGAAGGUAAAAGAUAUGCCAGUGGAAUUCACAGAAUGUAUUAACGAAAUCAUCCCAUUUUAA